AUGCGGCUGGCGCUGCUCUGGGCGCUGGGGCUUUUGGGUGCCGGCAGCCCUUUACCCUCCCGGCUGCUCCGAAAUAUAGGUGACACUGAGGAGCAGGAAAGGCCAGCAAGGGCACUGAGUGGUCCCUUGGAGCCUCAGAUCCUUCAGGACCACCUCAUGCUUAGCCUAGCUGAGGUGCUUCAGACCAGUCAGCCUGAGGCCCUGAAGAUCAAAUUGGAGCUGGACGGUGAAAGUCAUAUCUUGGAGCUGCUACAGAAUAGGGAGGUGGUCCCCAGCCACCCAACCCUGGUGUGGUACCAGCCUGAUGGCACUAGGGUAGUCAGUGAGGGAUAUAUGCUGGAAAAUUGCUGCUACCAGGGAAGCGUGCGAGGCUAUGCAAACUCCUGGGUUUCCAUCUGCACCUGCUCAGGUCUCAGGGGCUUAGUGGUCCUGUCCCCAGAGAGAAGCUAUGCUCUGGAGCUGGGGCCUGGGGACCUUCUGGGUCCCCCUGUUAUCUUCCGGAUCCAAGACUUCCUCCUGCCAGGCCACACCUGUGUCCUGAGCUGGGGUGCAUCUGUGCCCACUCAGGCUCCACCAGAGCACCCCCCGAGACAGAGCCACACUCGCCGGUGGAGGCGGGAUGUGGUGACGGAGACCAAAAUUAUUGAGCUGGUGAUCGUAGCCGACCAUUCGGAGGUCCAGAGGUACCCAGACUUCCAACACCUGCUGAACCGCACACUGGAAGUGGCCUUCCUCCUGGACACAUUCUUCCAGCCCUUGAAUGUACGGGUGGCACUAGUGGGCCUGGAGGCCUGGACCCAGGUGGACCUGGUGGAGAUAAGCUCGAACCCAAGCAUUACGCUAGACAACUUCCUCCAUUGGCGCCGGGCAGAGUUGCUGCCUCGAUUACCCCAUGACAGUGCCCAGCUGGUGACUGCUACUUCAUUCUCUGGGCCCAUGGUGGGCAUGGCCAUUCAGAACUCCAUCUGCUCUCCUGACUUCUCAGGAGGUGUGAACAUGGACCACUCCACGAGCAUUCUGGGAGUUGCCUCCUCAAUAGCCCAUGAGCUAGGCCACAGUCUAGGCCUGGACCAUGACCUGCCUGGAAGCAGCUGUCCCUGUCCAGGUCCAGCCCCAGCUAAGAGCUGCAUCAUGGAGGCCUCCACAGACUUCUUGCCAGGCCUGAACUUCAGUAACUGCAGCAGACAGGCCCUGGAGAAAGCACUCCUGGAUGGCCUGGGAAGUUGCCUCUUUGAACGGCCACCCAGCCUGUCCCCUACAGAUCCUGUCUGUGGAAAUAAGUUUGUGGAGCCAGGCGAGCAGUGUGACUGUGGCUUCCCGGAUGACUGCACAGAUCCCUGCUGUGAUUCCUUCACCUGCCGGCUGAGGCCAGGGUCACAGUGUGCAUCCAGUGGGCCCUGUUGUCAAAACUGCCAGCUGCGCCCAGCUGGCUGGCAGUGCCGUCCUCCCAGAGGUGACUGUGACUUGCCUGAGUUCUGCCCAGGAAACAGCUCCCAGUGCCCCCCUGACGUCAGCCUGGGGAAUGGCGAGCCCUGUGCUGGUGGACAGGCCGUGUGCAUGCAGGGACGUUGUACCUCCUAUGCCCAGCAGUGCCAGGCACUCUGGGGACCUGGGGCCCAGCCUGCCUCAUCUCUUUGCCUCCGUACUGCCAACACUAGGGGGGAUGCCUUUGGGAACUGUGGCCGUAACCCCAAGGGCAGCUACGUGUCCUGUGCCCCUAGAGAUGCUAUCUGUGGACAGCUCCAGUGCCAAGGGGGUAGAGCCCAGCCUCUGCUAGGGUCAGUCCAGGACUUGAUCUGGGAGAUGCUGGAAGCUAAUGGGACUCAGCUGAAUUGCAGCUGGGUGCACCUGGACUUGGGCAACGAUGUGGCCCAGCCCCUCCUGACUCUGCCUGGCACAGCCUGUGGUCCUGGCCUGGUAUGCAUUGAUCAUCGAUGCCAGCCUGUGACUCUCCUAGGGGCACAAGAGUGUCGAAGCAAAUGCCAUGGGCAUGGGGUCUGCGACAGCAAUAAGCACUGUCACUGUGAGGAGGGAUGGGCACCCCCUGACUGCACCACCCAGAUCAGAGAAACCAGCUCCCUGACCACAGGGCUGCUCCUCAGCCUUCUGUUGUUGCUGAUCCUGGUGCUGCUCGGUGCCAGCUACUGGUACCGUGCCCACCUGCGCCAGCGGCUCUGCCAACUCAAGGGACCCAACUGCCAAUACAGGGCAGCUCAGUCUGGUCCCCCAGAGCACCCAGGACCCCCGCAGAGGGCCCUGCUGAUGCUAAGCACCAAGACUAGUGCUCUCGGCUUCCCGGCCCCUCCUUCCAGGCCGCUGCCACCUGACCCUGUGCCCAAGAGACUGCAGGCCAAGCUGGCUGAGCGACCCAAUCCCCCCACUCGCCCUCUCCCCGCCGAUCCGGUGGUGAGGCAACUGAAGUCUCAGGGGACUGGCAAGCCCCCACCCCCAAGGAAGCCAUUGCCUUCUGACCCCCAGGGCCGGCGCCCAUCAGAUAACCUGGCUGGCCCAGGAACUAGAAUUCCACCCCAAGUGAUACCUUCCAGGCCAGCACCACCACCGCCAGCAGUGCCUUCCCUCAACCUCUGA